AUGAGGGAAAAGAUUAGAGACUGCAUUGUCUCCCAGAUUGGUAAUGGCGCUUCCACGUCCGCCUGGUAUGACAACUGGCAUCCGGUUGGUCCCCUCUACCGGCAUAUAUCCUCCCGCAAUAUCAUUAACUCUAAUUUAACUCUUUCUGCUCCUGUGAAGGAUAUCAUCUUCCAGGGUUUUUGGAACUGCCCUCUCCUGAGGGACAGUCCCAACCCUUUAAUCCGUAAUUCCCCUCUUCCUGUCGUUUCCUCUAAUGCCCCUGAUAAACUCCUCCGGAGAACCAGGGAUGGUCAGCUCACGCCGUUCUCUGUUCACGAGGUCUGGCUAUCCCUCUGUCCUAAUGAGCCGGAUGUCUCCAGGCAUCACUUGGUCUGGUUUUCCCAGAAUAUUCCCAGACACGUGUUUAUUCUGUGGGUUGCCCUCAAGCAGCGUCUAAAGACGCAUGACAAGCUUCGGUUCUGGGAGGGCCACUCCAACCUGUCUUGUGCUUUCUGUCAUAACGGGCCUGAUUUGCAUUCUCAUCUUUUCUUUGAGUGCCCGUUUCCUAAUCAGGUUUGGAAUGGCUUAAAAGCCAAGCUUAACCUCUCUGGUGUUCCGGAUAACUGGGCUGAUAUUAUUGGUAUUUUCCAGCAUGCUACCAAAGGAAAGACCGUCUGGUCUAUUAUACGCAGAUUAGUGCUUGCUGGAACCGUCUACCACUUGUGGCAGGAAAGGAAUAAUCGCAUAUUCAAAAAUAAAAGAAGAUCGUAUAUUAUGGUGGUUAAGAUGAUUACCGAUGAUGUCCGGUCCAGGCUCCUUAGCCUGACCCUCAAGCCCUCUCCUAAUGUUGUCCGGGCUCGGCUUGCCUGGAAUCUCCCUUAG